UUGUCUGCCUCGCACGGAACGAGAUACGGAGAGUCUCCGUACAAUAAGCGCGUAUACGUAAAGCUCGAUCGCGCCUCCCGUUCUCCAGUACCAGUGCUGGUGCGCGACCAGUCGAGCGCGCGCGCGACUUUCGACGUACUCCAGUUUUCAAAGAAAAAAAAAGUGCCGUACAAUCGGUGUGCUGUGUGAUACUUUUCUGUGACUUGCUUCGCCCCCCGCACAUAUACGGGAUGCAGUGGUAAUAAUCUCGAAUUUUUUUCCUCGAUGUUCAUUGCUGCGAAGAAGACUCUACGUAGCUGCAGCUUUAUUUUACACGAAUCCGCAGCCGGUGACUGCCGAAAAUGCCAUCUGAUGGAGGAUUGGAUUUGAUUCCGAGAAUGACAUUACUUCAGUCUAAACUAAUCCGCUUUUUCCUCGGCUCAAUUAUUGAAAAUUAACUUUGACAAAGAGACCGGCGCGCGACUGAAAAUGAAUCAAGUGCGAAAGAAAAGGCCGCUGCCGUAGUGCGCGGGGGCCCACGCGAUCCAAGGCCAAUCUCUCCUCGACUACUGGGCAAAUAGAAAAUCAUGGUCCAUUGAACGUUGGGCCGAUCUUUGGGUAUACUCGAUGGGGGUUGGCGAGGCGGGGGUGCGGUAAGUAGGCCGAAUGGAAGGCGACAAGGCGCGUGAUGGAUAACUUGACGCGGGCAAGCGAGAACGAUACCGAUCUCGGCUCGCUGCUGCUAGUCAAUCUCACGCAACGACAACGGAACAACGCGACGGACGACGAGGACGGCGGCGACUACCUGCCCGACUGGACCGAUCUGUUUUUGGCCGCCUGCUUCUCGCUCCUCAUCGUCGUUACCAUAGUGGGCAAUACACUGGUCAUAGCGGCGGUAAUAACGACGCGUCGGCUGCGGUCCGUUACCAAUUGCUUCGUAUCGAGCCUAGCGGCGGCUGAUCUCUUGGUCGGAUUGGCGGUCAUGCCGCCGGCUGUGCUGCUACAGCUGAACGGCGGCGAAUGGGAGCUCGGCGAGAUACUCUGCGACUCUUGGGUGUCGCUCGACGUGCUACUUUGUACGGCCAGCAUACUGUCGCUCUGCGCCAUAUCCAUAGACAGAUACCUGGCGGUGACGCAGCCGCUGAUCUACAGCCGCAGGCGUCGCAGCAAACGCCUGGCCGGCCUGAUGAUCGUCGUCGUCUGGAUCUCGGCCGGGGCCAUCACGAGUCCGCCUCUGCUCGGCUGCUUCCCCAUGGUCAGGAACAGCCUCGAGAUCGACAAGAAGUGCUCGUACAACAUGGACCGCUCGUACGUCGUUUUCUCGGCCAUGGGCAGCUUCUUCCUGCCGAUGCUCGUCAUGCUCUACGUGUACGGGCGUAUAUCGUGCGUCAUAGCCAAGCGUCAUCGGAGCCUCGAGACGAGCGACUCCUCGGCCGCGGCGCCCCAUCAUCAUCAUCAUCAUCAUCAGCAACAGACUGGCAACGAGCAUCAGGGCAAAUUCGACAGCGGCGGCUUUCCCAGGGCUCACAAGCGCUCCGUCAUCAGGAGGAACUGUCCACAGGCCUCGUCGACGAAGCUGGCCAAGUCGUCGCUGCGCCAGGCCCUGUCGUUGAGGCUCUCCGUCUCGGAGUACGGCACGACGAGCGACGCCACCACCAGCACCACAGCUGCGCCAGCUGCCAGCAGCAAGCCAGCCACCACCACGACUCUGCAGGUGCCGUCGUUGGACGUCACAAGCUCCGGCAACGAUGGAGGAGGAGGAGGAGCACCGAGCUCGCCCACGACGACCGAGUCCAGUGGCGGCCCUCAGACGCUGCUCAGUCCGAGUCGCGGCAGCGCCAAGCCGAGCGUUAGCAGCCUCGGUCGGCUCGGGACGAUACGCAGCCAUCAGCACAGCAGCAGCUGCAUCAAUCGGGUGACCCGCGAGACCAAGACGGCCGGCACUCUGGCGGUGGUGGUGGGCGGAUUCGUCCUCUGCUGGCUGCCCUUUUUCAUACUCUACUUGGCGACGCCCUUCGUACCGGUCGCGCCGCCGGACGCCCUCAUGCCGGCCCUCACUUGGCUCGGCUGGAUAAACUCGGCCAUCAAUCCCUUCAUCUACGCCUUUUACUCGGCCGACUUUCGCAUGGCGUUCUGGCGGCUGACCUGUCGCCACUGCUUUCGCGACUCGGGUGGCCGAUUCGACGCUCUGCAUCCCAACGCCGAGCAUCGGGGCCAGAUGACCAACGCCAAUUGGCGCCAGCAGACCUCGAGGACGUGAGACAGGACCGACUUCUCCGUGACGUUCGGCGGCGGUGAGACUCAGACGCAGCAGCAGCAGCAACAACAACAGUCGCAGUCGCAGCAGCAGCAGCUGCAGGGGACCUCGCAGACUACCACUGCUACCAGCACCACCUCGCCGAAUCAGCGUCGCACCGAGGAGACGGCGCUUUGACACCUCGUCGAUUUCGUCGUCCCUCGACCCAACGGAGAAGUCGUUUCACCGAGCGAUUCAACUUUUGUCCUCGCAAAUAUCCAUUAUUCGAAAGCUCUCGUUGCUUCUUCGUUUAACGACGCGAAUUAUUGUUACGAUAAUUUGAUACUCUCGAAAACAGUAUUACGAUUUACGUGUAAAUAUGUGACGCCGCGUCUCGUUGGUCUCGUUGAGCGUCGAUGAGACCCAAACGGUGCUCUUUGUUUUAUUUUCUUAUUUUACAAACCAUACUGCUCUAAUGCGAAAGCUGUGCAAACUCAAACUGUUGAUAUUAUUUAGCGAUCGUCUUCGUCGCAAAGUCAUUCGAUUGUUCGCUUAGGAAAUAAUAAAUGAUUCUAUGUAAAUAUGAAAACGAAUAAAAGUACGAUUAAAUAUGGUAGAGCAUGCUUUAAAAAAUAAAAUUACGGACAUACUCAUCAACAAAUACUUGUUAUACAUUCCACUUCGAAACAGCGUCUAUUACUGUCAAACUCUUGCUAUUGAAUUCUAUAUGUAGGUUAAAGCUGCGACGUAGAUUUAUAAGCGAUAUAAAGCUAGAUAUGUAAAGAAAGUUUAUUCAGUCAGAUGUCAUGAUUAUAAAGCUAUUAAGUUUCUUCCAAGAAAAAAAUUAAGUCUAAAAAAACUUUACCUUAUUAAAAAUGAUUCGAUAGUUUAUUUCUGUGUUAUCUAGUGAAUUAACGCGACGUUCGUUAUUGUUUUGUAUUAUGCGAAAAUAAGAGCUAUAAAUGCGAAUGACUGUAAAUAUAUAUAAAAUUAAUUUUGUAUUGUUAAAAUAAAAGAAACUUUUUAUAAAACUUAUAAACAUUGUCGUAGGGACUAAAGCGACCGACUUUCAGUUCAGAAAAUAACUCAAUGUGCAUGACAAUGGAAUUUAUAUCACAAAAUAGAAUUUAAAUAUUUCAUCGUUAUUGUUUUUAUUGUAAUUGGUACAUUUUACAUAUUAAAAUAUAAUAUAAUUGUAAGGCGUUAGCUGAUACGGUCUAAUUUUCUCGUAUAGUAGUUGUUAUUUAAGAAAAAAUAAAAAAUAAAAAAAAUAAUAUCUGUAAUAAAUUUAAAACAAUCACUGAAGCACAUUCAUCGAGCUUAUCGAUAUGUAUCGAAAAUAAAUGACAAAAAGACACGCUUCAAUGGAG